AUGAUGCCGGAGGUGGUGGACGUGGUGCUGAAGGACCUUGAGAAGACCAGCUUCUUCAAGUCGGGCAGCGAGGACGAUGACGAGCCAGCUCCCGCCACGCAGCCGGUGCUGGGCGCCUCCAGCGGCACGGUCGCGAGCGCCCCCCCCGUGCAGCAGCAGCCCGCCCCGGCGCCGUCGGCGCCCACGAAGACGCCGGAGGAGAACCUGGACCGCUUCUGGCCGACCAGCAAGAACUCGCGCAGGCUGGGCGAGGCCGCGCGGAGCCACGUGGCCGUGCGGUUCCUGGAGGAGGCGCCCUACGAGAUCUCGCCCGAGCUGGUGGGCAUGAUGGUGGCGAACGGCUACUUCCAGGAGGUGGAGGACCUGGAGGACGACUACCACCGCGAGAAGGGCCCUAUCCGGAUCACCGACUUCUGGUUCGACGAUGGGGUGGAGGACAUGUUGCCUAUCGAGCAAGGCUACUCGCUGCGGUCCGCGGCGACGCUGCACAGGGACUCCGCGCUGCGCCCCCAGGCCGCGACGCGGCUGGCCGCCAUCCCGGUCGCGGCGGCCUGCCUGGUGGCCGCCGUCAUGGCGCUGGCGGCCCUUCGCAGGUCUCCGCGGGACUUCGAGGCGGAGGAGGCGGAGAAGGCGGAGCUCGCGGGCGCGCUGGAGUAG